AUGACACUUGGAUCAACACAUGAGUUUUGCACAAGUUGUUUUGCUCUGGAUGCUGUCCUCUGGAGAUUAGGAUCCAUGUUUGAUGAUGUUCGGAGGGAAACUCAAAUACUGAGCUUAAUUGAUCAUCCUAAUGUGAUCAGAGCAUGUUGUACAUUUAUUGUCGCCUGUAACCUUUGGGUGGUAAUGCCUUUUAUGGCCGAGGGUUCUUGCCUACAUCUCAUGAAGAUAGCAUAUCCUGAUGGAUUUGAAGAGUCAGCCAUUGGGUCUAUCUUGAAAGAAACUCUGAAUCCUUUGGAAUAUCUUCAUCAUCAUGGCCAUAUUCAACGUGAUGUGAAGGUUAAUUGA